CUUCCAGGUCACCGUUGGGAGCCUCCAGAGCGUUCUGCGGUUUGUCGAGCGGGCGGGCCUGGAGCGUGUGCGCCACCCACCGCCGCCCCGAGAGGCCGCCCAGUCCCGCCCCAGGGUCACGGCGCUGCCUGCGCCCCUGCGGGCGGGCGGGGGGGGGGGGGGGUGGGACAGGCGGGCGACCGGGUUCGGUCAGUCCCACGCCCUGCCUCCGGAGUUCGCUCUGGUCCGCGACGUGAGCGUGGGGAGCGAGUCCCGGGAAGUUUCCCUCAGCCCGGUCUCGAAGUACCUUCAGCUCGAAAGCUGAAGGCAGAUUUUUCCUAGAGAUAACAAAGACACUUUGUCACUUUGCGCGCUGUCUUGGUGCAAAUCUUUAAUUGCAAGUGGGGGUGGGGGAUCGAGUGUCCCGAGCAACCCAAGCGCGAGUCUCCAGGCGGCAAGGCCCCCUUUGAUCAGGAAAAUCCAAUUAUUUGUGUAUAUACAUUUCCCACAUAGUGAUUACUUCAUUAAUUGUCCCGCCUUUAUCUCCUCCCUUCCCAUCCCCCCUAAUAAUCAGUUCUUUUAUCCAGACCAACAAACACACCAUAGGAGCUUUGUGGAUUCAAAGGAUUUGCUUUCGCUUCUGAAAGAGCCGCUAUUCUUUGAUGAUUGGGUAGCGGCAAACUUCAAAGCCAUAAAUCUUCCCUCUGACUGGCUGGCGGCCCAGCAAAGCCCUUAUCAAAUUCUUGGAGGUGAUCCUGAAGCGCUCAGACCGCGCGCGGGGCGAGCGAGCCGGGCGCGGGCGGGGAGGGCUCGGAGGCACGCUGGGCGGCCGCUCGUCCUCGCCCGCGGGUGUCCAUGCCUCGGCGGCCGCGUCCCGCUCCACGGCCAGCGGCCUCCACGCAGUAGCCAUGGCCGCCGUGGCGGUCCUCCGGAACGACUCUCUGCAGGCCUUCCUCCAGGUCAGGCAGGGCCAGAGCGGAGCGGGCGGGAGCAGGUGGAAACGGCGUGGGGUGUUGGGAGGGGGUCUGCGCGGGCACUCUGAGCACCCCAAAAUCUCCAAAAGGGACGCUCCAGCUUGAGUAUGCAACUGGAGAAGGACCUGGGGCGCCCACGCCAACUUGACACCUAACCUGUGUGUGUGUGUGUGUGUGUGUGUGUGUGUGUGUGUGUGGCCUUUGGGGAGGAAUGCACGGAUUUGGGGGUAGGUGGAUGUCAGGGAGGCAGAAAACCCAGUUCACCUUGCUGGGCCCUCCUGCUGAGGUUAGCCUAGGCCAGGACGCACCAAGGAGGAACGCGGUGGCCACUAGGAAAAGAGCUUGUGAAAUGCUAGCGCGGACAACCACACAGCCCGGCUGUGGGUGUUUCUGGGCCCUUCCUGACCGGUCCCGUGUCUCUGCCUCCUCCUUCGCGCCUCCCUCGAAGGCUGGAUGGCAUCUCUUUGAACCAAAUAGUUUAGCGGGGAGCCACCGCGCACCGGGGGUUCAGGACCGCACCCCCUGCGCCUCCCCGGACCUGGGCAAGCACUCGCCCCUGGCGCUGCUGGCCGCCACCUGUAGCCGGAUCGGCCAGCCCGGCGCGGCGGCGGCGGCCCCCGACUUCCUGCAGGUGCCCUACGACCCCGCGCUGGGCUCACCCUCCAGGCUCUUCCACCCGUGGACCGCCGACAUGCCCGCGCACUCGCCAGGCCCCCUGCCGCCCCCGCACCCCAGCCUGGGGCUGACGCCGCAGAAGACGCACCUGCAGCCGUCCUUUGGGGCGGCCCACGAGCUCCCGCUCACGCCCCCCGCGGACCCGUCCUACCCCUACGAGUUCUCGCCCGUCAAGAUGCUGCCCUCCAGCAUGGCGACCCUGCCCGCCAGCUGCGCGCCCGCCUACGUGCCCUACGCCGCGCAGGCCGCGCUGCCCCCGGGCUACUCCAACCUGCUGCCCCCGCCGCCGCCUCCGCCGCCGCCCCCCACCUGCCGACAGCUGUCCCCCGCCCCGGCCCCCGAUGACCUCCCCUGGUGGAGCAUCCCGCAGUCGGGCACGGGGCCCGGGGGCUCCGGGGUGGCAGGGACCAGCCUAUCCAGCGCCUGCGCCGGGGCCCCCCACGCCCCCCGCUUCCCAGCCUCUGCCGCCGCCGCCGCCGCGGCCGCUGCCGCCCUGCAACGGGGCCUGGUGUUGGGCCCGUCGGACUUCGCCCAGUACCAGAGCCAGAUCGCCGCGCUGCUGCAGACCAAGGCCCCCCUGGCGGCCACGGCCAGGAGGUGCCGCCGCUGCCGCUGCCCCAACUGCCAGGCGGCUGGCGGCGCCCCCGAGGCGGAGCCGGGCAAGAAGAAGCAACACGUGUGCCACGUGCCGGGCUGCGGCAAGGUCUACGGCAAGACGUCGCACCUGAAGGCGCACCUGCGCUGGCACACGGGCGAGCGGCCGUUCGUGUGCAGCUGGCUCUUCUGCGGCAAGAGCUUCACGCGCUCCGACGAGCUGCAGCGGCACCUGCGGACUCACACCGGCGAGAAGCGCUUCGCCUGCCCCGAGUGCGGCAAGCGCUUCAUGCGCAGCGACCACCUCGCCAAGCACGUGAAGACGCACCAAAACAAGAAGCUCAAGGUCGCCGAGGCCGGGGUGAAGCGGGAGAACCCGCGGGACCUCUGAGCGCGCAGCCCGGGGUCUCAGCACCUUCGCUGGCAGGCCCGGGAACUUGGCCGUCGAGGCGGCUGGCAGGGAGGAAACUUUAAAAAGGAACUUUUGAUCGUCCUCCUCCCGAGGGGAGGCCCUGCAGCAGGGCUCUAGAGCCAAGGGCUGUGCCGGGCUGGGACCUGGCUUACCCCAGGACGGUUCCAGAGUCUGAGCCAUCAGCCAUCGCCUGUCUGGGAGAGCUACGGUCCGGAUUCUGCCCCCGGGGCUGUCCUCGCUUGUAGGAGUCGCUGCUGCAGGAAAACGGAAGGACUUCGGGAGAUUUAAAACAGGGCUUGAGUUUUCCCCCCGCUAGGUCCGGUUCGGACUCUGUACAGGUUAUUUAAUAAUAGCUUUGUUAAAGAGUAAUAUUAUAAUUAUAACAUUAAUAAAUGUUUCUGUUGUUCCCAGCUCCACACAGAGCUACAGCAUGGUAUGUUUCUGUAAAGCGAUCAGCAGUUGCAGCGUGAAAAUAAACACGGUCAUUCCAGGGCCUCCUGGGGAAGACCCCCCGCAGAGCUGGUCUCUGAUCUUU